AGUCAGCAUGGAGGACAGGGCCACAAGAGGAUCCUAAGUGUAAAUACGAACAAACACAAGUAGUAUAUACACUGGUAAACACCCUGCUUUGCUCUCAGUGUUCUUCAAUAAAAUAGACACAAAUCAGCCACAGCAUUAUGACCGUCUCCCUAAAUUAACCUAACAUUGUGUAGGUCUCCCUUGUGUCUCCACAGUUGUGACUCAUCAGAGAAUGGACGUGGGUCUUCUGAGGGUGUCCCGUGGUGUUUGGUAACAGAAUGUUGUCGGUGGGAGCCACUGGGUGACCUCUGAGUUGAGAAGAGCGGUCUCUGCUGCCUAUCAGGUCAUGACUUCGAAAUCACUAAGAUUUAUUGUUGAAAUGAAGAACAUCACUACAUAAAAUCAUUUUCUUUAUAAUGAAAAUCAUCUUUGUAUUUAGACAGCGUUCCUGUAACUUUUCUGACUGUACGUGCGAGCGUCAUCGUUUUCAAAAAUUUGAUGGCUGGCGUUUUAUGCACGAGGCCAGCAGAGUGUAGCCUCACGCGACCUUGCACACACUUAGCGAAAGAGCUCAAUCAGCAAAGCAAGACAAGUACUUCCUCAGAAAAACCACAUCCUUCGUUCUCUGUGAAAAAAAAGAAAAGAAAAAAAAAGUGUGUCCCCAGUGCUCUUCUCCUCCUCUUCCUCCCACCUCACAUCUUGUCUGUGUCACACCCACACACUGUCCACUUAAACAUCAAUUUCAACAAGCGCACGUGCGAGUGUAAAUACACACACUCUUUCGGGUCAGCCAUGCAGACUUAAGCCCCCGAAUCUGACUACAGAUAUGCGCCUCGACGAAAAAUGCUGCUUUUGUUUAUCUGUUUACCUCAUCUCAGUUAUGUCAACAUGUUCCUGGCAAAGGUUACUCUGAAGUUCUGCUCAAACACACCAAUCCUUACGGUCAAGCAUCACUAAAACUGAAACCUGUACACAGACAUGACCAGGUUCAGUCAGUUCAGAGUGAUUUUGAUCCCAGCUACAUCUCGCCUAGUCAUUUCUGUUCCCAGUUUGACUGUUGUACUCACUCAGAGCCGCACUGGUCCACUGAGGCAGCCCCUUUUAGACUGCACUUCCUCAAUCUUGAGCGAUGCGGGUCACGUGUUGUGCUCUGGUGUUGCUGAAGUUGACAUAUUUAAAUCUAACGCAGCAUGGCAGCAAAUUGAAGACUAGGCACAAGAUUCGGCGGACGGGAAAGAUUCACCCAUAAAUGCAAAUUCUUUGGUUAGCACUAAUUAAAUUCUCACACCCACACUGCAAAUUGUGCUGUAAUUGAAGAAAUUUCCUUCUAGGUGACUUUGGUGAAUUUCAAAUGAAAUGCCAUGUGUCUCCUAGUAUGUUGCAUGUCACCGCAUGAGAGGGCGGUGUUUUGACAGACCCUUAUCUUGUUAUUUGUACUUUCACACUGGUAAAGGAUGACAAAUGUCGAGCUUUAGGAAGGAAUUAUUUGCAUUUGGUAGAACCUCUCUUCAUUUCUUGGAAUAAUUGUUGAUGUCAACAGUUUUCUGGAACAAGAACGAGUAAAUGAAUAGUGAUAUUUCAAAGCAAGUGACCUCAUCAUUCAAGAAAGACAAAGACACAGAGACAGGGGGGAGGGAGAAUGAGAGAGAGGGAAGGAGAGACCGUUUGCAGCAUAAAUGUGGAUGAAACGAAAGAGCUGAUGGAAAAGAGUGGAGGCUGGUGGAUGGCAUGUUUUUGUGCACAGAGCUGAGGGGUCGCAAGAAAAGACAGACACGGGAGGAAAGAGCAGAGCAUAGAUAUUUCAAAGACAAGGUUAGACUUUCACAAUGAGUCAUCACUGACGUUUCACGAUUCCCCUGAUUAACUUCUAGUCCCCUGUUCAGUCUCAUACUCAGAGGGUCCCAGGUUACAUCUUGUCGUACCUGCUCUGCCACGGUAAGUAAAGACUCUUACAAAGUUGUUUGUCUGUGAGUUAAAUAUUUAAAUGUUGAAAGUCGGAAGCUGCAGUUUGAAGUGAGGCUAGUAGAGUGUCUUAUUAUCUGAUUUUAUACAUCAUUCUGCUUUAUUCAGAUGUGAAAUGUGCGUAUAAACCCUGUUCGGUUACGACACUCGCCAUUAACGCUGUGGACAUUUAUUUUUACCAGGUGCAUGUUGUUUCAUUCAGUAUCUGCUGGCAUUCGUAUAAAAACUGAUUGUUGUCCGCCUUCUCCUCCUCCUCCUCCUCCUCUCCCCUCAUCCUUCCCCUCCUCAUCCUCUUUCCAGAUGCUGUCACUCUGUCAUUUAACUUUUACUUUACUGUGUAGUCUCUCCUUGGUCUUCUCUGUCCCUGCCUUACAGUGCAAUGAAAAACAAUAUCUCUGGCCACUUAAGGCACCCAAAUACUGCUGUGACAUGUGCACUCAAGGUAAAUUUAUGGUCCGGCGCUCAGAAACCUCUUGUGAAAUAACAUGUAACCCAUGCAAGGAUGACCAGUAUGCCCACACCUUCAACACAGAAAUGGCCUGCAAGUUUUGUAAAAAAUGCAACGGUGACAACAUGCUGGUGAAGUCCAACUGUAGCGCCGUCCAAAACACCGUGUGCACAUGUAAAGCUGGCUACAAAUGCAAAGAUGGUGACUGCACACAGUGUGUCUUGAUACCCACCACUGCCAGACCCACCACCAGAUCCACUACCAGACCCACCACCAGACUCACCCUCCGUCCAUCCACUGCAGCCCUGACAACACCUGAGUUUGCUACACCACAAAUAAAAGAUACGGUGUGGUUCCUGGUGAUAAUCGCCCUCCUGUGUGCAGGAAUCGCACUGGUCAUUGCAACAAAAGUCAAACCAUUUCUGCGCUGGAUCAGGUCCAAUCAUGGCUACUUUUUGGCUGAAAAACCAGUACCACAAACAGAGGAUGAGGACGUGUCUAAGCCUGUCCAGGAAGUCUGCGGAAAAUGUGACCAACUGAUUGAAUUGUGUAUUAAAGACUAGAGACCAAAUUCAGACGAGGAUGAAAAAAAACUUGACGGGACGGGAGGCGGCGCACAGCGGCUUCAAAGCAUCACUCGCUGCUUUGGACAUUUAUGACAAGUGGAGCUCAACACCACUAAGGUCUGUGCUGGCGAAUGGAACCGAAGAAGAAAAAAUGAAAGACUCAUGGUUCAAGACUACUGAUGUUUCCUUAGGUGAUACAAAGACUGUUUGACAUCUGUGACGUUACGAUGAUAAAAGGGUAUAAAAACACUGGGUGACAAUAUGGAAGAAUCUAAAAAUACAGAGCUGGGCACUGUAUCCAUUACAUACUUGAGUUAGAGAGUGUUGCAGUAUGCUGUAGAGGUAUGUACUAUGGUACACAGAGUUAAAGAUAUUUCAAAUCUUUAUAUUUAGAUCCAUUUAUAUGUACUGUGUAUAUAUAUUUACACACAUAUAUGUGUGUAUAUAUAGAUACGUGUGUUUAUGUACGUCUGUGUGUAGAUACUGUAUAAAUAGACUUUUUAAAUUCAAAUUAUGAUCAUGGGCGAGUGUGGUGUAAAAACGUACAUACAUUUCUUCCACUUAGCUUUCUUUAUUCAAAAUAAAAUGUCAUUUUACUUGAA